GUUGACUAUGAUUAUUCACCUGAGUUUGGGAGUUAACUUUUAACAACUUGAGUAGCUAUAAAUAGAAGCAAUCAAGACUAUGGCGUCCGGGAAAACAAACCCAGCAUUCUGCCGAGGAGAUCAUACCCAUGAAAUCCCCAUGGAACUUUUCAAACAAAAUCGUGCUAGACUGUGCGAGAGGUUGAAAGCUACUGGAAAAGUUCCAGAAAAAUCAUAUGUCCUGCUUCAGGGUGGGGUUGCUGAAACACGUAAUGACACAGAUCAUGAGCCUCUCUUUCGUCAAGAAUCAUUUUUUCAUUGGGCCUUUGGUGUGGAGGAGCCAGACUUUUAUGGUGCUAUUGAAGUAGAUACAGGAAAAGCUAUUUUGUUUCCACCUCAUUUGCCCGAAUCUUACGCAGUUUUGAUGGGAAAGCUUUUAACAGAAGACGAUUUCAAACACUUGUACUCAGUUGAUGAAGUUCAUUUUGCCAAUAAGAUUUCUAAUGUUUUGAAGGGAAAAGAUUCCUCUCUUCUAUUAACCCUGCAUGGUUUAAAUACAGACAGUGGCAAGUACAGCAAUGAAGCAGUUUUUGAAGGCAUUGCAGAAUUUAAUGUCAACAAUGAGAUUCUACAUCCAGAAAUCACUGAAUGCCGUGUCUUUAAAAGUAAUCUAGAACUUCAGGCUCUACGUUAUGCAAAUAAAAUCAGUAGUGAAGCUCAUAUUGAGGUGAUGAAGAAUGUCAGACCAGGAAUGUACGAGUACCAAGCAGAAAGCAUCUUUAAGCACUACUGUCACUUUACUGGAGGUCUACGCAUUCUGUCAUAUACCUGUAAUUGUGCAAGUGGACAUAAUGGCUCUGUCCUUCACUAUGGCCAUGCAGGUGCUCCAAAUACUAAAACAAUCGAAGAUGGAGAUAUGUGUUUGUUUGAUCUAGGUGCAGAGUAUUACUGCUACUGUUCAGACAUUACAUGUUCAUUCCCGGCCAAUGGAAAGUUUACCCAAGAUCAGAAAGCUAUUUAUGAGGCUGUUCUUGCUUCUAACCGGGCAGUAAUUGCUGCAGCAAAACCUGGUGUGUCUUGGGUUGAUAUGCACAAACUGGCCGAGCGAGUUCUCCUGGAGCACCUGGUCAAGCUUGGCAUCCUCCAGGGUGACCUUGACGAAAUGAUGAAGGUCAGGCUGCCAGCCGUGUUCAUGCCUCAUGGUCUAGGUCAUUUUCUGGGUAUUGACACACACGACUGUGGUGGUUACCCUCAGGGUGUUGAGAGAAUCAAUGAGCCAGGCCUGAGGUCCCUGCGUACAGCCAGAAUCCUCCAGCCUCGGAUGGUGAUAACAAUAGAGCCUGGCUGCUACUUCAUUGACCACUUACUGGAUGCUGCUAUAAAUGAUGAAAGACACAAGAAGUUUAUUGUGGAGGAGGUACUCAGAAGAUUUAGAAGGUUUGGAGGGGUGAGAAUUGAAGAUGACAUAGCUAUUACUGAGACGGGAGUGGAGAAUUUAACUUGUGUACCUCGCACUGUGGAGGAGAUAGAAAGGGUCAUGGCAGAGGGGAGACAACAGCACCAGCCACUGCCCCAGCACCAGAAACAUGAGGCAACAGAGCAGUAGUUAUCUGCUCCUGUAUGGCAGCCAUCACUGUGAUCUUUCAAAUGUGAUUAUAGAAGUCUUAAUCGUAAUGAAUUAGUAUUUAUAAUUUCAUUAAUGUAUUAGUAUAAUUAUGAUAUAUUUGUAAUAUGAUGUCUUAUUGCUUACUGUCAUAAACAGAUGUUUCUCAAAUAUUUCUAAUAUUGUUCUUUUUUUCUAUCAUUA